AAGCCGCGGACACUAGAGACAGAGAGACACGCACAGGGAAAAGGCGCGUGGGGCGGCCGGAUGGCGAGGCAGGGCGGCGCCGGCGGCGAGAUCACGGCGGCUUUCUCAGGCGGCGGUGGCAUUGCCGGGACUUCCACGGCCCGCACGACGCCGGUGGCGAGCCCGUACCAGGCGGCGGUUGAAAUUGAAGAGCAAAUUUAUUCUCCAGCAUUUGGCAACAUUGAGGUCCAGGAUAGUCGUGGUUGCUGCAGUGGUUUCACAGGCAGAGUAACAAAGUUGCUGUUCAUCUUUCAUCUGCUUGCUUUCAUUGCCCUCACAGCAUUCCUAGGCGUCCAGGCCUCUUCCCACCAGAACCCUGCCUACAAGCCCUUCUCCAACUUCAUUCCUCUGGUAUCCUCUGUCAUAGUAUCCACAAUUGCUGCCUGCUUCUGGGUUAUCCUUGCUGUCACAAACCCUCCAAAAGCCAUCAAGACCUCUCUCUGGGCUGCCCCUGUUUCUGCACUUGCUUGUGAUGUAGUCAUACUUCUAGUUGGUAAUACUGCUGCACUUGGUAUAGGAGCGCUCGUAGUUGUAUUUGCAAUCGCAGCAGGAUUAUACAGUUGUUGGGCCACUGGUCCACGUCUUAAGCAUGCCUCUGAUAUGCUUUCUGUUUCUGUCAUCGGAGCACAUUUACCGCCUACUACUUCAUGCCUUGUUGUCUAUGUCCUUCUUGCAACGUUUGGGUAUAUGGCCUUCUGGACAGUUGCCAUCAGCUGCAUUGCUGCUGCAGAAGGGCACUUCAUGAACUACCGGAUGGCUUAUGUGGCAGCACUUCUAGUGAGCAUGGCAUGGACCAUGCAGGUACUGCGCUACAUUGUCUAUGUGGCAGUGGCAAAACUGGCACAUGGACGUCUCAUCUAUGGGAUUCGCAUCCCGGGUGGUGCUGUGGAUGCAUUGUGUGACACGAUAUUUGGACCAGCCUUUGGGGACAUAUGCAUGGGUGCAAUGGCUGUGCCGGUGAACUCAGCAGUGCGGGGAUUUGCUCGAGCAAUGAAAACGGCAACUGGGGGCAAUGACGAGUUCAUUUUCUCAGGACAGGGCUGCUGCUUUACUGUAUCAGAGAAGAUGCUGGGACGUGCUAACCGUUGGGGUUUUGUGCACGUGGGGGCGCGGGGGAAAGCAUUCUGUGUGGCUUCGCGGGAUGUGUGGUCACUUUUUGUUCUCCGUGGUGUAGCAGAGCUUGUUGAUUCAGACCUCACUGGUUCAUUCUGCUUCCUUUCUUCGGUUACAUCAGGCGCAUUGGCCUCACUGGUUUCUGGAUCAUGGGCACUAGCCAUGGAUAAAGAUCAGAAGAAACUAGCUUUGCCCAUAUCCAUCUAUGCAUUCCUAGUCGGUUAUUAUAUGUGCCGGAUGAUGAUCGCGUGGCCACAAGCAUGUGUGGCUGCAUACCAUGUCGCGUAUGCAGAGAACCCGCAGAACCCUCAGCUGGGCACGCUGAUACCAGAACAUCUGCACGAGCUCGAAGCAAUGGCGGCAGAUCAAGAUCGUCCCAGAGUUAUCCAUUCUUCUGACGACAUCGACAAUUCAUAGAUUCUUCCAUUCUUUCAGUCAUUUCCCCCCUGGUCCCUAGAGGGUAGACACCUCGGCUGCAGACAGAUGCAUGCUGAUGGUUGAGGACUGCUGCUAGGCUGCUGGCUGGUGCAGAUGAUAGUGUGUGCUUAGUUCUGUAGAUAUUGGUCAAGUGGACAACUGGGGAAAAAAAGUGGUUAGAAUCCAGACAAAAAGCUCAUAGAAGUACAGAGUUUAGUAAAUCAAACAAAAAUGCAGAAUUAGAUCAUUGUUUCAGAUUCUCCCGGAGGCGCGCGUGUUCUUGUCGUCGCACUGACACUGAGGUCCCUGUGCUUGUGCC